AUGUCGAGGGGACAAGAGAUCACGGAUAGCCCACCGAGGCACCUUGAUCCGUCCUCCGCAGAUCACUCAGUUCAGAAACCAAACCCCUCCCUAAUAUCUUCCAAAUCCGAUUUGCCGCUCGCCUCUCUCGACGACGAACUGCAGGACCAGAACAAUCACCAAGCGCAACAACUCGCCUCCAAAAAGGAAAAUCCAAGCCUUUUGUUCUACGACGGCAACCAGACCGGUGACCGAUCGAUUUCCCACGGCAGCUCGGCGCCCAAAACGGCGAUUCCUAUGCAGGCGCAGGAUAGGUCUGUCCGCGAAAUAAUGUCGUCGACCCCGCGCAACCGAUCCGAAGACCGCGCCGGGUACCGUGAUUUCUCUAACAAGGAGAACCACAGAGACAAGGAGCAAUCCCGUACUCAGCCUUCUUCCUUGCGCGAGAAUGCCGGUAGCAGCACCUUCUUCAGCGGUCUCAAGAAUUCAUCCACGAGAGCCGCUGACAUGAUCAGGGGCGGUCUCUUUGGUAAAGGCCAGCGAGCCGGACCCGCCGAGAGGGAGCCGGUCGUUGAGGACGAGCACUAUGUCCUAAAGACGAUCAACUUGCCUCUUAUCGAACAAACACGUCUCACUCGCAUCUCAAAGCGACUAGAAGACUCGCGGGACAAGACGGAGUUUUGGAUGCCCGCCUUCCCGUGGCGCGCCAUCGACUAUCUAAACUACAAGGGAUGCGAUAUGGCAAAGAAAAUUCGACGAAGAAUACGACGUCGACCUUUUGCGCAGGACGACCUCUACGAUAUCAACAUUAUUGGCUCGAUGCUGAAGGCGUGGCUACGAGAGUUGCCAGAUGAACUCUUCCCCAAGGCCGCCCAAGAACGUAUCGCCAGGGAAUGUGCCGGUGCGGAAACCGUCCCGCAAAUGCUCAUCGACGAGCUUUCGGAUCUUUCACCCUUCAAUUACUACCUCCUCUUUGCCAUCACCUGCCACCUCAGCCUCUUGCUCGCCCACUCGGACAAGAACAAGAUGGAUUUCCGCAAUCUUUGUAUUUGCUUCCAGCCGUGCAUGAAGAUUGACGUAUUCUGCUUCAAGUUCCUCGUGUGCAAUUGGCGCGAGUGCUGGAAAGGCUGCAAAAAUGAAGCCAAAUUCAUCGAACUCGAGUACAUGCUCUUCGAUCAGCCACCCCCGCGGCCUCUCUGA